CCCCCGCCCCGCGCUGUUCGCGGGGGAGGGUGGAGGAAGGGGAGGAGGAGGAGGAGGUGAAGGCCGGUGCGGGGGGAUUUAAGGGCUCGCUGCCCCCCGGCCCGGCCUCCUCCCGCCGCCCAGCAGGGACGUGGGUGUCGGGACCCAAGUUCGUGCCGCUCUCUCCCAUCCAGCACCCGCGCAGCACCGGGAUGAAGGCUCUUCUUCUCCUCCUCCUCGCCCCGCUCUGCACGCCAUCCCUGAUCCCCGAAAGGGAGAAGGACCCCGAGUUCUGGCGGCGGCAGGCGCAGCAGACGCUGCGGGAGGCCCUGCGGCUCCAGCGCCUCAACCAGAACGUGGCCAAGAACCUCAUCCUGUUCCUGGGCGACGGGAUGGGCGUCUCCACCGUCACGGCCGCCCGCAUCCUCAAGGGGCAGCUGCAGAACCGCAAGGGCGAGGAGAGUCUCCUGGAGAUGGACAAGUUCCCCUACGUCGCCUUGGCCAAGACCUACAACACCAACGCGCAGGUCCCCGACAGUGCGGGCACGGCCACCGCCUACCUGUGCGGCGUCAAAGCCAACGAGGGGACCGUGGGCGUCAGCGCCGGCGUCACCCGCGACCGCUGCAACACUACCAAGGGCCAGGAGGUGACAUCCAUCCUGCGCUGGGCCAAGGACAGCGGCAAGGCGGUGGGCAUUGUCACCACCACGCGGGUGACCCACGCGACGCCCAGCGCCGCCUAUGCCCACUCGGCCAACCGCGACUGGUACUCGGAUGGAGAGAUGCCCCCAGACGCGCUGGAGGGCGGCUGCAAGGACAUCGCCCGGCAGCUGGUGGAGAACAUCCCUGACAUCGAGGUGAUCUUGGGCGGUGGGCGGAAAUACAUGUUCCCCAAAAACGCCAGCGAUGUGGAGUAUCCCCACGAGGACAAGCACCGGGGCACCCGGCUGGACCGCAGGGACCUCGUCCAGGCGUGGCAUGACGCCAAACCCCCCGGCAAGGUCGCCAAGUACGUGUGGCACCGGAGGGACCUGCUGGCGCUCAACCUCAGCCGUGUUGACUUCCUCCUGGGUCUCUUCGAGCCGGGUGACAUGGUGUACGAGCUGGACAGGAAUAACGAGACGGACCCGUCCCUCACCGAGAUGGUGGCUGUGGCCAUCAGGAUGCUCCAGAAAAAUCCCCGCGGGUUUUUCCUCCUGGUUGAAGGGGGCCGCAUCGACCACGGGCACCACGAGGGGAAGGCGAAGCAGGCGCUGCACGAGGCGGUGGAGCUGGACCGGGCCAUCGGGCUGGCCACCCGUGUCACCUCCCCGCAGGACACGCUCAGCGUCGUCACCGCCGACCACUCACACGUCUUCACCUUCGGUGGCUACACCCCCCGUGGGAACCCCAUCUUUGGUCUGGCCCCCAUGCAGAGCGACGUUGACCGCAAGCCCUUCACCUCCAUCCUCUACGGCAACGGCCCCGGGUACAAAAUCGUGGCGGGCGAGCGCGAGAACGUCUCUGCCGUGGAUUUCGCCCACGCGGACUACCAGGCGCAGUCGGCGGUGCCGCUGCGGCAGGAGACGCACGGCGGGGAGGACGUGGCGGUGUUCGCGCGGGGGCCCAUGGCGCACCUGCUGCACGGCGUCCACGAGCAGAACUACAUCCCGCACGCCAUGGCCUACGCCGCCUGCAUCGGCGCCAACCGCGCGCACUGCAACGCCGCCGCGCGCCCCGCCGCGCCCGCGCUGCUGCUGCCCUUCCUCCUCCUCCUCCUCCGCUAGAGCCGGUCAUCCUUCAUCCCACCCCCCUCCCCCCCCCCGUUUUGUGGGUGGCAGCGCCCAGAAAAAGGAGGAACAACAACCAAAAGACUCAGCGGAGCAAAAAAGCCGCCGGUGGUUUGGUGCUGGGAGCUGCCUCUGUAAAUACACGUUUUUUCCCCUAUAAUUAGCAGCAUUCCCGCCCCGGCCCCAACCCCCUGUGGGAUUUGGGGGGGGACAACCGAACCCCCGCUUGGAGCCAAAGGCCGCGGGGCCGGAGCCCAAAAACGCGGCCGCGGUCCCUGUGCUGAGAACUGACCCGGGUGCUCAGCUCAUCACACCCAGAACAACACGGAGAUGGGAAAGAAAUUAACUCACCGGGUUAAUUUGUCCCCAAAACUUGUUAAUUAUUUUUUUUUAGCCUCCUGGGUGAUUUGUUUUGCUUGGAAAGGCUUUGGUUUGAGGCAUUUUGCUGGCUGGGGGGGGGUCCAGGGUUGCGGGGAGGGGGGAUUUAAAGGGUGGUACCCGCUGGGGCAUGCCGCUUCGUUAGGGCUGGUAAUUAUGGUAAUUAGAGGGUGGGGUAAUUAGGAGUGGGGUAAUUAGGGGAGGGGGCUUUUAUAGCUGGCAAGGUGCUGGGGGGUGGGAAUUGAGGCCUGGGGAAGGGCUCUGGGUGUGCAAAUGGUGCCUUGGGUGUGCAAAUGUCACCGUGCACGUGCAAAUGUCACCAUGUGCAUGCAAAUGGUGCCUUGGGUGUGCAAAUGUCACUGUGCAGAUAGUGCCUUGGGUGUGCAAAUGGUGCUUUGAGUGUGCAAACGUCACUUGUACAUGUGGAAGCGGUGCCUUGCGUGUGCAAGUGUCACCAUGCAUGUGCAAACAGUGUCUUGGGUGUGCAAUUGUCACCGUGCAGGUGCAAAUCAUGCCCUGGGCGUGCAAAUGGUGCCUCGCGCAUGCAAAUGUCACUGUGCGCGUGUAAAUGGUGCCUUAAGUGUGCAAAUGUCACUGUGCAUGUGCAAAUGGUGCCUUCGGUGUGCAAACGGUGUGCUGUGCAUGCACGAACGGUGUCUCGGGGGUGCAAACGGCACCGUGCACAUCUAAGUGGUGCUUUGGGCGUGCAAAUGUCACGGUGCAAACAGCGCCUUGCAUGUGCAAACUGCGCACGAGCAGCCCCUUGCACACCCCCACUGCACCCUGCACUUACACCCCCCAAAAUCCCACCAGACCCCUCCAAACCCCCCCCCCUUUUUAUUUAUUUCCCAGCUUUAUAAAUAAAUCUCUGCUCUGGUUUCUUAUUAA